AUCUAAUCAUUUUGUGAGGGAGUUGAGGUUGCAUUAUCUUGUCCAGAUAUUGUCUGAAACCUAACAUCAUCAUCUCCUGAAACUAAACAAUAAUGUAACAGAAAAAAAAAAACAGUCCAACCCUUUCCUGUUUUGUUUCCCCUCAAUUCCCCUCUCCGAAUCCUCUUCCACGAAAAUGGCGAAGGGGGCGGUUAUUUACACCCUCUUAACCACCGCCUUCGUCAUCCUCAUCCUCCUCCCUCCCUCGAGUAGAUCCCAUAACGGUACUAGCCGCCAUGUUCGUCUAUUCGAGGGCACGUAUUUCGACCCACUUGUCACGAAAAUUGAGCAUAAGGUUGAAGAAAAGGGGUUAAAUGACCAUUUAUCCAGAGAUUACGUGCACGAAGUCGUGGAGGUGGACGUGGAGGUCGAGGAGGCGGAUAAGGUAUAUUUUGGGAAGGAUGGGAAGAUGAACUUAACGUUGAGAUUGACAACAUUGUUUCCCAUGAUUGAUAAUUCGCCAAAGGAUGGUUAUGUUGAGUUUAGGGAGCUUGGGGUUUGGAAUAUCAUGCAAGCUAAAGAAGGGUUGGAUUAUUCUACAAGAAAAGAGCUUGAGCUCAAUGAUAAGAAUAAGGAUGGUUUUAUUUCUUUCAAUGAGUUAUUCCCUCAGUUUUCAGAGGAAGAAAUAAGGAUAAACAAGACGGGGCAUGGGGAAACUGGUUGGUGGAUGGAACAAUUCAGAAAUGCCGAUGCCAAUCAAGAUGGGAAAUUAAGCCUAGAGGAGCUUAAAGACUUCUUGCACCCAGAAGAGAGUGUAAAUGAAAAGGUAGAAGAUUGGAUAAUGCGUGAGAAAAUAAGGAGAAUGGAUUGGGACAAAGACGGCAAACUAAACUUCCAGGAAUUUCGUGACAAUGCUUAUGAUAUCUUCAAGAGCUACUAUCACUUCAGUUUUGACAAUGAUUAUGUUCCGUCGCCAGAAUUACAAUUUUCUAACCUUGAUUUAAACAAAGAUAGGUUUUUGACGAUCCAAGAGUUGAAGCCUAUUAAACAACUUCUUUUUCCCGGAGUAUUAGAUCAUGCUUCAUAUUAUGCAACUUAUUUAAUGAACGAGGUUGAUGAUAAUCAUGAUCACAAGUUAACCCUCGGUGAAAUUUUGAAACAUGAAGAUAAAUUUUACAAAAGUGUGUAUGUGGGAGAUGAAGAAGAUGACCAUGAUGAGCUUUGAAGCCUAGCUAACCAUUGUUAAAUUUUGCGUAUAUAGAUGAGGAUAACGUAGGGCUUGUCCGGUAUCACUGUCAAUUUUUUCAGUUUUUGUUUUUUUAAUUUUGUAAGUCAUAUGAUUUAGAUUGAAUUAUAAACUAAAUAUAAUCAUACUGGUAGAGUGAUAGCAAUCAUGUUGAUUUUGAAAACUGACAACAAAAAUUAAUUCGUUUAAUGGCAUAAAUACACCCUUUGGCCUCAAGGCUGGAGCACUCUAA